ACGCCAUCAGCUCGCUCUGCCACGUCUCUCCAGGGCUGCUGUUAGAGAGUGUGAGAGGAAGGGGAGAGGGCAGGAAGGCUGAGUCCGAGGGGGGAGCCCGGGUCUGUGCAGGCUGCAUGGGACCAACAUGCAGCAAGUCCUGCAACAUGCAACUUCCCUGUGCUAGGCUGACCCUGCACUGCAUCCCAGCCAGACCCCACAUACCUGUCCUGGGAGAGGGAUCCCAUGCCUGAGCUGCUGCUGCACCCCCCUCUGCCUUUACAUGUAGUGGAGAAGGUUUCCGAGCUGUAUUCAGGGCCUCGAAGUGGAGCCUACUGGUGGCGCUGGACGUGGACUGGCACCUUGUCAUGCCCGGUGGAAGAAGGGGUCCAAGCCGGCAACAACUGAGCCGUUCCGCUUUGCCCUCUCUGCAGACUUUAGUUGGUGGUGCUUGUGGCAAUGGCACAGGGCUGAGAAAUCGGAAUGGUAGUGCUGUUGGCCUUACGGCCCCUCCCAUUACUGCCUUGAUCACCCCUGAACCAGUGCGUCAUUGCCGCAUCCCUGAUCUGCCGCUGGACGGAAGCCUACUCUUUGAGUUCCUCUUCUUUAUUUACCUAUUGGUGGCACUAUUUAUCCAGUAUAUUAACAUCUAUAAAACAGUGUGGUGGUACCCCUAUAAUCACCCGGCCUCGUGUACCUCACUGAAUUUCCAUCUCAUCGAUUACCACCUAGCAGCCUUUAUCACCGUGAUGUUGGCUCGGCGCCUGGUCUGGGCCCUUAUUUCAGAGGCUUCUCAGGUAGGAGCUGCGUCCAUGGUGUACUACACGGCGCUCAUCACAGCACGCCUGGUCCUGCUCACGCUGUGCGGCUGGGUGUUCUGCUGGACUCUGGUCAACCUGUUCCGUAACCACUCUGUCCUGAACCUACUAUUCCUGGGCUACCCGUUUGGUGUUUAUGUACCUCUUUGCUGCUUUCACCAAGACAACCGCUCUCAAUCAUUGCCAACAGACUGUGGGUACUAUGUGCAGGACUCUUUAGUUGAGGAUGGUGCUAAUGACGUGGCCAGCCUCGUCCGACCCAAAGACUUCCUCUCUCUCCUGCGGGAAUCCCUGAGAGAGCAGUUUAAUUCAACCCCAUCCAUUCCAACUCACAGUUGCCCGCUGUCCCCUGACCUCAUACGAAACGAAGUGGAGUGCCUGAGAGCCGACUUCAAUCGGCGGAUCAAGGAAGUCCUCUUCAAUUCCCUCUUUAGUGCCUAUUAUGUGGCAUUUCUGCCACUUUGCUUUGUAAAAAGCACCCAGUAUUACGACAUGCGUUGGUCGUGUGAGCACCUCAUCAUGGUGUGGAUCAAUGCCUUUGUCAUGUUAACUACCCAGCUCCUGCCUCCCAAGUAUUGUGACUUGUUACACAGGUCUGCUUCCCACCUGGGACGAUGGCAGAAGCUAGAACAUGGAUCUUACAGCAAUGCUCCACAGCACAUCUGGUCAGAACACACAGUUUGGCCACAAGGUGUCCUGGUACGACAUAGUCGCAGUUUAUACAAAGCCGUGGGGCCGUACAAUGUAGCAGUGCCUUCAGAUGUCUCUCAUGCCAGGUUUUAUUUCCUGUUUCAUCGGCCAUUACGGUUGCUGAAUUUGCUUCUUUUCAUUGAGGGCAGCCUGGUGCUGUACCAGCUCUAUUCCCUGCUACGGGCGGAGAAGUGGAACCACACGCUGUCCAUGGCGCUCAUUCUGUUCUGCAAUUACUACGUCUUGUUUAAACUCCUCCGGGACAGAAUAGCACUGGGAAGAGCUUACGCGUACCCCAUCAACAGCUACGGACUGAAACCACAUUGAUCUCCCACCAAUGGAGAACAUAUCAGAAAAGGAAAAAAAGCAGGGGGUGGGGGGGGGGGGAUACGGGAGCAGGGGGGAAAGAAAAAAAAUGGAAAAAAAAUAUUUUCAUACAGUUCUAUUUUUUUCUUGCAAUGUUUAUAAAUAUUUAAGAUAUUUUAUAUUUUGUAUACUAUUUUGUUGUGUUCACCAGGCAGGGAGGGUGGUCACUGGGGCUACCGAGAUGUCUUUUAUUUUAUAAAGCAGGUAUUACUCGAUACAUAUACAAUGUUUGUAUGUGCAUACGAUCUGCGUGCUAUGUAUGGAGACUCAUAGCACGCACACCACAAUUCCUCAGUGUCAUCUAAAAUGGGCGGACCACAAGGCGUCUUCCUUGCAUUCAGUGUAUUUCAGUGCCACUUGCCUGUGUUAUGGAAUCGCAGCGCUUGAUAGUAUUGAGAAAAGAAAAAUAAAAAAAAAUAUUCAUUUUCAUACAA